AAGACCCUCAGGAGAGUCCGCACAACUAAGCUGGGAGACCUGCUAAAGCUAUGGAGGCCUCGUCUGGGGACACCACCAGUCCGGUCACCUUCUCGCAGGUGUUCGGCCAUCAGUGUCAACUUCUGGAGGCAGCCGUGCAGUCGCUUCGCACAUUGAACGACCAGAUCUCCGACUUCAUCGUCAACAAGGCCAAGGCGCUGGAGGAGGAAGAGGACGGGCACCCCGAGGCCUUCCUGCACGGCGAUAGCAGCACCCUGAGGAGGUCCAUGUCCCUCAUGACCCAGCUCUUGAUGGACGCCCAGGCCAAGAUCGCCGGCAUGAUGGAGGGGAACCAGCAGCUGGCGCUGCGCAUCGACGGAGCGCUCCAGGCGGCCGGGCAGGAGGUGAGCGCCCUGCGAGCCGAGCUAGACGCCGCCAGCCGCAGACUGGCCGAGCUCAGCGCCGACGGCCCCCCCUGCGCCGCCGAGAUGGCCGCAGCCGGAGGCGGCCCGGACCCCGCACAGCCCAGCCUGCAAGUCCUCCUGCGGGAAGAGGUCAGCCAACUGCAGGAGGAGAUCCAUAUGCUCCGUCAAAUGAAGGACAUGCUGACCAAGGACCUGGAGGAGACGCACGGGGACAAGGCCUCCGAGAUCCUCCCGGCCACGGAGCUCAAGGUCCAGCUGGCCCAGAAGGAGCAGGAGCUGGCCAGGGCCAAGGAGGCCCUCCAGGCCAUGAAGGCCGACCGGAAGCGCCUGAAGGGCGAGAAGAGCGACCUGGCCAGUCAGAUGCAGCAGCUCUACAGCACCCUGGAGAGCCGUGAGGAGCAGCUGAGGGACUUUAUCCGCAACUAUGAACAGCACCGGAAGGAGAGUGAGGACGCAGUGAAGGCCCUGGCCAAAGAGAAGGACCUUCUAGAGCGGGAGAAGUGGGAGCUGAGGCGGCAGGCCAAGGAGGCCACAGACCACGCCAGUGCCCUCCGCUCGCAGCUGGACCUGAAGGACAACCGCAUGAAGGAGCUGGAGGCUGAACUGGCCAUGGCCAAGCAGUCCUUAGCUACCCUGACCAAGGACGUCCCCAAGCGGCACUCGCUGGCCAUGCCCGGCGAGACGGUGCUGAACGGCAACCAGGAGUGGGUGAUGCAGGCCGACCUGCCCCUCACGGCCGCCAUCCGGCAGAGCCAGCAGACGCUGUACCAUGCCCACCCCCAGCACACAGUGGACCGGCAAGGGGUCCGAGUCAGCCCCUGCCACUCGCGACAGCCUUCCAUCAUCUCCGAUGCUUCGGCAGCCGAAGGGGACCGGUCAUCUACGCCGAGUGACAUCAACUCACCUCGGCACAGAACACAUUCCCUCUGCAAUGGAGAUAGUCCUGGACCGGUACAGAAAAAUCUGCACAACCCAAUUGUCCAGUCUCUAGAGGACCUGGAGGACCAGAAGCGGAAGAAGAAGAAGGAGAAGAUGGGCUUCGGCUCCAUCUCGCGGGUCUUUGCCCGAGGGAAGCAGCGCAAGUCCUUGGACCCUGGUGUCUUCGACGGGGCGGCCCCCGACUACUACAUAGAGGAAGACGCGGACUGGUGACGGGCCGCCCCCCCUCCCGCUCCCGGUGCGCGUGUGAGUGUGUGUCGGGGGGGUGAGCCUCCAGUUGCGCCAAGGCCCCGAACCCGGCUGCUCCCGCGUGGCCCUCCUGUACAUAGCCCCCACACACUCCCGUGUACGAACCCCUUAACUGUCGUCUGUUGAGCGAUGCUGCCCGUGUUGUGUAGCCCUCCCUGGUCCUGCUGGGAGUGUUUGGUUGAUUUUGUUCUUCCUCCUCCAGCCCCUCCCCCACCAGUUUUUGUUUUCUAUUCUCGGCCCUUUCUUGCCCCCCUCCCCACUUUUCUUUCUACAAAACUUGAAAAACUUGAAGGACUGAUACGCAUUUGUAAAUAGCCGCCACCACCAUGGUGCACUUUGUGCUUUGUAAAUGUCUCCUGCCCCCCCCCCCGUCCCCCCAGAAGCCUCUCUUCACUUCCGGGGGGGGGACGCAGCCGGUGUUUCGUGGGUUUGCUGGGAGGGGCAUCUGUAUACGGGGCGCCUUUGCAAGCCUCCCAAAUUCCACGCAAGCUCCGGUUGAGAAAAAAACCCUUUGCCCAGGGAGUCUCUGGCAUCUUCAGCAUCUGGAGGACAGCAGCCACCCCACCCCACCAGUGGCUCGGGCCACAGCCCCUCCGUCCAGCUCUCUCAUCUCCGGUGGCCCCUCAGCGGUGCCUGAGAGGGAAGAGCCGCCAACCGUGGUUUGCACCGGCCAGCUAGGAAGAGCUGUGUCCUUCCCACCUCUUCCUUUUCCCUGCUGAGGCGGUCGGGAGGCAUCUGUGGGGCUGCCAGGCUCCUCGAGGUCUGCCUUUCAUUCUGCCCCCAAAGUGAACUCGUUCCACCCCCUCCUUGGCUCCCUGUUUUCCCAUCAUUCUGAUGUUUCUUUCCCUAUUUCAGGCGCUCCUUCGUGGCCAGAGGCCAGAGCCGGUCAGGCUCUUGGCGGCCACUUUUGGGCUCUCUGUGCCACGCAGACUGACCCCUUGGGCCAGUCCAGGCGUAGCUCUUACACACACCUGGGGAGGGAGCAACCUAGAACCAAAGGAGACAGUUAGAAUGAUUCAUCAGUGGAAAGGCUUCCCUCCAGAAUUUGGCUGUUUUUAAGAAGAGAUUGGACAAUCGUUUGUCUGGAAUGGCUUAGGCUCUCCUGCAUGGACCCGGAGGGUUGGACUAGAUGGCCUCCAAGGUCCCUUCCAACUCCGUUAUUCUGUUAGUGAAGGAGGUGAAGCUCCUGGGGUCAACACAGAGCCUGAACAGGUGUGCGUGUGGGGUGGGGCAGGAUGUUCCCAUUUGGGCCUGGCUGCUUUGCCGGGCCUCCUAAAUGUCUCGGUGCCAAAUUCCCUGUGUGUGUGUGUGUGUGUGUGUGUGUGUGUGUGUGUGUGAGUGAAGAGAGUGAUCCAGAGGGUCCACCUUCCUUUGAAAGUCUGAAUGUAUUUUCUAAUCCUUCGGCUCGUGGCAAACCCAGAACUUUUUCUCAGGAGGGGGAGAGAAGAGAAGUG